CUCAGGGGCGGGGGCCAUGGACUAUAUAUCGCGGGGCAUAUCGCGAUGAUGGGGCAGGAUGAGGGAACCCGAAGAAGACCUUAUCUCAGCCUCCUAUUACGAAUUCCACCACCAAAAGUGAAGACCACCCCGAGUUCGGUGGACCCUCUACAAACACACCCCUCUUCCAGACCAAAAUUAGAUCAAUAUCGUCCCAGCCCGCAACAUGAAGGUCACCAUUUCCAGCGUCCUACUCCUGGCCGCCGCCACCCCGGCUCUAGCGGCCAACUUCCUCGGCUCGUGCUCGGCCGACUCGGUCGUUGUCGACGGCAAGAUCCUCACCGCCAAAUGCCGCACCAUCAGCGGCCAGCUCAAGUGCACCAAGCUUGACCUGAACAACUGCCUGAAGAACACAUACGGCAGCCUGCAGUCGGACCCGGAAGGAGACGGGCCCCACUUCGGCGACCAGUGCUACAACUGCAGCAACGACAAGACCACCAGCGGCAUCCUGAUCGACAGCCCGGGCCUCCUGCACUGCCAAUGCGACCCCGGCACCGGGGCCGCGAAAGCCAACUGGCCGACCGCCAUCUUCGACAUAAACACCAUCGUCGACAACUUCAACGGGAGGCUCGAGUGUUACGGCAACAAGGCCAAGGACUGUUAAUUUGUCUGCCUUUGGGAACAUCAACGCGGGUCGGGUCGGG